CAAAAUUGAGACGUCAUCAAAAUGCGCCACUCCGGAAGAGACGUGGCAGCACAAAGAGAGUCGGAAAUUAAAUGCCUUGGGCUUCAUGUUGUACUGUAAACUCCGGGACAUCUCAUUGACAAGACGUUUGGCUGAUUUGGUUGACCAUGGGUCUAUGCAAAUGUCCCAAAAGAAAAGUGACAAACCUUUUCUGUUUCGAGCAUCGUGUGAACGUUUGUGAGCAUUGUCUUGUUUCCAAUCAUUCCAAGUGCAUAGUCCAGUCAUAUCUUCAGUGGCUUCAGGAUAGUGACUACAAUCCCAAUUGUCGGUUAUGCCUUACUCCCCUGUCAGAGAAGGAGACAACUCGCCUAGUAUGUUAUGAUGUUUUCCAUUGGUCAUGUCUAAAUAGUCUUGCUGGUCAACUCCCAGUGAAUACUGCACCUGCAGGUUACCAAUGUCCAUCCUGUCAGGGACCAAUCUUUCCACCUUCAAACCUUGUAAGCCCAGUGGCUGAAGUGUUGCGCGAAAAACUAUCUACUGUCAACUGGGCCCGUGCUGGAUUGGGUCUGUCCUUGAUUGAAGAAAAUGAGGCAGUUCAUUACACAGAAUCGCAUGAUGUCACAGACUAUACUGAUUGGUCAACAUUCAACUCUUCGGCAGUUCAUUCCUCAGAAACAAUAACAGAAUCCUCCCAGUCGACAGCAUUAACCUACAGUUCAAGAUCAAAUGCACCAUCACAUUCUGACUAUACAAUGAGCCUAAACAAUGGAGGUGUCAGGGAGAGUCAUGCUGUCAUAAACAUGAGUGGCACUGCAGCAAAUGAAUCAAUAACUAUUCAUGCAGCAUCGUCUCCUCGAAAGAUGUAUGACACUCGUGACACUGAGAAUUCUUCAGUGACUCAAAUUGAUUUUGAUGAUGACAAGUACAGGAGACGAUCUGCACUAAAUUGGUUUGCUCAAAUAUUAAAGAACCGUUCCAGCUCUAGGAAGAGACCCCGAUCCAUGAAACAACGUGUGCUGAUGGUAUUGAUAAUUGGGAUCAUAGGUUUCUUCACUCUUAUUCUCAUCAUGUCAAAACUUGGAAGAGCAUCAACUGAAAAUGACCCAAAUUUGGACCCACUUCUGAACCCCAAUAUUCGAGUAGGGCAGGAGUGACCAACUAUUAUCAUCUACAUGGUUUUUCUAAUACAUCUUUAAAAGGAGGAAAAAAAACAUUGCUGAACCAAAUAUGCACUUCUUCUCUUGGAAGACUGACAGUUAAAGCAUCUGGGAGAGAGACACUGAAAGAAAGCAUACCACUGUGAUAAUACAUUGUUACACACUGAAUGUGACAUCUUUUAAGCGGUGGCUGAUUUGGCUGAUGAUGAUGAUGAUGAUGAUAUCUUCUGAAAGUUCUAGAGCUCGUGUGUGUGUAGUCAGGAGAUAGCUGCUCUCUCCUUCAGUUGAUUUUAGCUCCUCUUUCACUCAACUACUAUGCCUAUGUAGGAGACAUCUUAAAGAGGGCAUUUGUUUCUGGUGUCAGCAAAAUUUUGAAACAUUUUGCUUAAUUUUGUAAGUGUGGCAGUAAAUACCAAGUAGUUUUGGCUUCUAGACCUAAAAAUAUUUGAGGGGCAGAAGUGGAAACCAUUCAGUUGAAACAUCACAUUUUUUUAAUUCAUAAAUCAUCCCUUUUUUUUUUUUUUUUUUUAAAUCACUGUUUUUCUUAUAAAUCAUCAUGCCUUUUCUCAGCUAUUGUGUGUUAGACUAACAGGUUAAACACUAAAAAUCUUUAAUUAAAAUGUUUAUUAGCAUGAUAAGGUUAUUUUUUUAAGUGUUCAAAUUGUCUUUCAGUUACCUUGUGUGUAUUUUCUGUACAGGAAAAUGUAAAUAUUCUUUUUGGGUGAAUUAUAUUGUAAUAAUUUUGUUUUAAUUUUUUUCCAGUUUAAGAAGAAUAAUUCUAUAAAAUAUACAAGCUUAAAGAAACAUAAUAAUACAUUAUAUUAAAAUUGCCUAUCCUUUCUGUAUGUAAUUGUCAUUCUGUUAUUUUUGCCUUCUUUCCCAAAGUCUGACUUUGAGAUUAAAGACCAUUUCCAGAUUCAAAAUUAUGUCAUGCAUUAAUUUCACAACAUAGGCAUUCUUAAUUCUUUAUUAACUUGGUUUUGCAGCACUGUGCUUUAGGUGCGUUUUCAAUCUUUUGGAAAGAGCUAUAUCAUCUGGCCACUAUUUAUUUUAUAUAACUCUAAUGUGUUUAUAAAUUUUUACUCCUCUCUAGAUUGCCGAUAAACGGGGGAUCUCUAUAAUAAUACCCUAAUUUUAAAAACUGAUUUUUAUAGACAAUUCUUUUUUGUAAAUCCUGCUUUCAAAAGGAUCAGUGUUAAAUGGUUUGCAAAAUAUAAAGGAUGCACUAUUAAAUCUAAAUAUAAAAGAUGUAUUUUUAGAGGAAAUGAUAGAUAUUUAGCUUUUCAUGUUUUUUGCUAUAUCUACAGCCAGAUGGUCUGUUUCUAUAGUUCAAAAGAAUAAACAAGGAAACAAAUAAGAUCUCUCCUAAACUACUGUUAAAAGGAAUAUCUGUACCUACUAACUCCAGUAGCACCUUAGUCUCCAAUGGUAGAAAGUGGUCAGCACUUUAAUUAAAUCUUAUCCAAUAAAAUGUGUUCUUAUGCUUAUUUUUUUAGAUUAUUUAGAAUUGUCUAAUUUGACCAAAUAUAUUUCUUCAGGCCACUUAUUUACCAUUUCCUUAUCUUUCUAAUAUAUUGGAUAAAGAUAGCAACAGGCAGAAAGUGAAACGUUUAAAUGUGAAAGAAUGCCAAUGCCAUAUAACUGUUUGGAGGUAUGUUUAUUGUGCAUUUUAACUGUUUUGUCCAUUUUAAUAUAUUUAAAGCUAGAUAUUUAUCCUUUCAAUAGAAAAGGUUUUAUGUAAGAAAUAGCAAAAAUCACUUUGGGGCAGGAAAUCAGUUUGUUUUUUUAUUUAAUACAAUUUUUCACUAGCUUACUGUACCUCUUAUUCAAGCAUUACUAGUUUAGAACUGAAAUGCACACCAAAUAUCUAUCUGCAUAUUGAAAUUGAAAAGCUGCAUUAUUCUUGCUACUGCAUCAGAGGAUGAAAGUGAAAAUUCACAAAAAGAAAAAAAAAUGCUCUGCUUUAGGAAGCAUUUAUGGCCUAAAUGCAUCUGAUAUCCUCAUUACGUGAUACUCAGGAGUAUUUCUUAUUUAUGUAAUCAUUUAAUUAAAGAGUGCAUAGAAUAUUGUGCAGUUUCUCUUCUGAGCUGACAUUUGCUGACUUUUAUUAUUUUGCACUUGAUAGCUUGUCAUUUUUGUGUAUGUAUGGAUUCUAGUUUCUAACAAAUGGAACUGGGAGGCUUUUUUUUUUAUUUUAAUUUUGACGGUUUAACUCGCGUGGUUGUAAUUUGGUAUGGGCAAUAUACCAUUAGAUUUUUAAAUAACAAUAAUGAUAAUUGUAUGUUUCAGCUUUGUAUUAAUUUACUCAAUGAAACAUUGUACUAAAAGAGAUAAAGGUGAAAUUUUGAUGUAUAAAGGGAUUUUUGCAGUUUA